GGGACAGCAGCCUACAAGAAGGAUGUCUCAUCUCUGUCACACCACCGUACCAUUAGUGACUGACAUUCAUGAACACAAUGUGAUUUUUGUCAUAUAUACUUCAGAAUGUAAUCCUUCCAAUCCGUAUAUCAUGAAAGAACUUCUUAUAAGAACUCUAUACUCACUGGGUGACAGACUAAUGGAUUCCAUGUUCAAUAUCAUCUGGUGUUCCAGCAAGGUAUUAAAGUGGCAGAAUGAAUUGGUAGAAUGUUCCCUCACCAACAUCAUGGAUGCAGCUUCUUGGAUCAGAACUCUGCAGAUGAAUAGCAAGGGGGAAGCCAGUGCUUGGAAUGCCAUUGAAGAAGCAGUAGAAGAUCCCAGCUGCCAAGCCAUAUGUCUAUUCACCAGUGGAUUGCCCGAAGGCUCUGUGGAAGAAAUCUGUAGCCGCCUUAAAGAGACAAAGCAAUCAUGUCCAGUGCAUAUUGUUCAAUGGAUAGAAAAUAGAGACAACAAUAAAAUUAGCUGUCAAAAGCUAUUGGAGAAAGUAGCCAAGAUGUCUGGUGGUACUUUCCAAAGUAUUGAUGGAGCUUCCUCUGAGGAUAAGACUGGCUGUAAUUUAGGUUUUCAUCAUCCUGGUAGCAUCGACAAUCAUCUCAGCUUCCCUCCGCUGGUGGCAGAUCAUUGCACAAAACUGAUUCCUUUGGGUGCAUGGGGUCCAGAUACUUGUAACAUAUGUCUAAGAAGUCCCAUACAAGAGAAUUUCGGGGACUGUUCCACAAAUAGCCAUCAUUUGCUGAGGGGGAUACGAGUUCUUGCCAGAAAACAGACAGAUGGCUAUUAUUAUCUCAGUCAUAUUGUCCAAAAG